GGAUUGAGGAGACAGAAUCAAAACUAUACUUUACCAUUCACUUAGUAAUUCAUCUCUCCAUCAAUUCUUAGUCAUUCGUCUCUCCAGCAAUACAAUACGUAUCAUUUGUGUAGCAUUAGAGAGAGAGAAAGAUUUGGUGUGAAGCAGAAAUGCUUUUUCAACAUUCUUCUCCCUUACCUUGACAUCACAGUUAUAACAUUAGGCAAAUUCGUGACACGCCGCCAUCAUAUAUGCACAACACCCCUUGAGCGCAUAAACGACGUCCAUCGCCGUGAGCGUCUUGCGGCAGGCGAUGAAGCAUCAAAGCAGCUCCAGACUAUCAAUUUCUUUAGUUUGUGUAUACGAAUUUUCAGAUCUAGAGUCGUUGUUGGUGCUGGAGGUUGAGAGAGCAGAGGGAGACCAGGGCGACCAGGGUGCGGCGGCCCUGCCGCUGCCGUUCGGCCAUGGACGGAAAGAGAUAAGGGUAGGGGUGAGGGCGACUGGAUUUGGGGGAGCUAGGGCUCAGGCGCCGGAGCUCGAGCAGAUAGGGAGAGUUGUUGAGGGCGGCGGCUGUAGCAGGAGCUGUGGUCGCCGGAGGAGAUGAGAAAGAGGGGGAACGGCGGCAGUCGACGGUGACUUCGCCGAAGGAGCUGCCUUGCCAGGAAUUUCGGGCGGCGGCGGGACCUUCAGGAGAGGGAGUGCGACAGAUUUAAGUCGUGUGUGUGUUUCGAUUUGGAUGUGUGAUAUAGAGAGAGAGAGAAUUGAGUGACUUGUGACUGGCCAUUUUUUUUAAUUUUAAAGUAAGAGGUAAUUUUGUACUUUUACAUAAAAAUUGACUAAUUUUUUAUAUUUUUAUUUUAUAGGUCAAAUCUUAAUUUUACUAUAUGAAAGUGGCUAUAUCUAUCUAUUAACUCGAAAGAUAACUCAUAUUUCAUAUAUUAUAUAGAUAGAUAUAGAUUCUUCUCAAAUUAGUUCUAUUUUUGCAGAUUUUCCAUAAUAUUAAAAAUAGAUGAUAAAAUGGUGUUAAACUAAUAGAUAAAAUGUUGUAAAAAACAGAAAAUGAAAUAGUUUUCUUCCCAACUGCACUCUGUCUCUGUCACUCACUCCCCCACUAGAAAGCUCUGCAGACAAAAAUUUUCAGUUCAUUCCUCAACGAAAAAAAUAUACGUAGUAAAAAAUUUAAAAGAAGAAAGUGAAAAUGGGUACCCGAACCGGGUCUCACCAGCUAAGCAGCGGGCUCAUGGUGUCGGGUCGACCCGAACGCCGGCCCAAGGAACGGCCGCCUCGGAUGGCGUCGCGCCCCGUCAUCUACACCGGCGGCGACGUCAAGACAUCCGGUGAGCUCGGGAGAAUGUACGGUGUCGACAUUUCCGCUGGGGAAAACCCCCCGCCCCAAAUCCCCCCUCGACCGCCGGGCGCUGCCGCGAGAUCCGGCCCGAAAUUCCCGAAUUCGGGUCCCGUGAGCAAGCUGUCUUCCUCCUCCUCCUUCUCCGGGCCGGUGACCCCGAUUCAGCCCACCGGCCUCAUCACUUCCGAUCAACAGGACACACCUGGCUCGAACAGGCGGUCGGGACAGCUCGAUGCCGCCGCCGUGGCGCCUACGCCGACCUCGUUUAAGAAGGCUAAUUACGCCUCCGCUGUCACGAGCUUGGGGGGGCAGGACAAAUUAGGGUUUAGGACUUCGCCGGUGGCAAUGUGGGUGUCUUUGGUCGUGGCGGUGAUGUCCCUGAUGGUGGUGGCGUUCCUCAUCGCUGCCGUGAAGAAGGCGGUGAUUCUGGUGGUGGCGGUUGCGGCGCUAGUCCCUGCCGUGGGGAUCCUGGUGUGGAAUUUCACGUACAAAAACAAGGGGGUUUUAGGGUUCUUGAGGAAAUAUCCUGAUACGGAGCUGAGGAAUGCUGUUGAUGGCCAGUACGUCAAGGUCACAGGGGUUGUUACUUGUGGCAGUUUACCUCUUGAAACUUCGUACCAAAGGGUGCCAAGAUGUGUGUAUGUUUCCUCUGAGUUACUCGAAUACAGAGGUUGUGGUGGAGAAAAGGCAAAUGCUAAGCACCGUCUCUUCUCUUGGGGAUGCAGGGAUUCAGAGAUCUACGUGGCGGACUUCUAUAUAUCGGACAAUAAGUCUGGUGAAAGAGCUAUUGUGAAAACAGGUUACGGUGCUAAAGUUUCUCCGUUUGUCAAACAAACUGUAGUUGUCAACGCCAAGGAGGAUAAAGAAGGUGUAUCCCCAAACUUUCAACAAUGGCUUUCUAGCCGAGGAUUGUCUAGUGACAACCGUUUAAUCCACCUUAAAGAAGGCUAUAUCAGAGAAGGAUAUACUGUGAGUGUCUUGGGAGUGGUUCGACGUCACAAUAACAUGUUCAUGAUUGUUCCACCAACAGAACCUGUUUCAACAGGCUUCCGUUGGCGUUGCUGCCUCUUCCCGACUUACAUUGAUGGCCUUAUUUUGAUAAACAACGAAAACGACGACAUCAUUCCUGUAUAGGGUUUCUGAGCCUGACCCAGCUGCUGCCACGGCCCAGAUUGAUGGGGAACAACAAGAAGAGCAGGGCGCCCUUGCCGCCUCUCAAGUCGAUAAUCCGAUCACGCCUCAUACAAGGAUGGG